AUGGUUGCUUUAUUCUCCCACAAAGGCCUUCUGGGCGACCAUCUUAGUGGUACUUCUCUCCAAACGGGAGUUUGUAUCACGGCCGCAUCGGCUUUUCUGCUCUUUGGAUAUGAUCGUGAGUAAGAUGCAUCAGAUCUGCCAUUGAACAUUCUCGCUAAUGCAACGCAGAGGGUAUUAUGUCCGGUAUCAUCACCGAGCCCAAUUUCCUCGACUGGUUCCCUCAGAUGGAUCCUGAAAACAAGAGCGGGGCCAUCCAAGCACUUGUCGUCGCAAUCUACGAAGUCGGCUGUCUUGUAGGGUCAGGUUUCAUCGUAUACGCUGGAGAUAUCCUGGGACGAAGGAAAGCUGUCUUGAUCGGAACUUCCAUCAUGCUCGUCGGCACUGCGCUUCAGGCUACUGCUUGGACGAUGGGCCACCUCAUUGUUGGAAGAAUUGUCACGGGCAUUGGAAACGGGAUGAACACAUCAAGUAUACCAGUCUGGCAGUCUGAGAUGGCGCCGCCGAAGUAAGUCGGAUCUUAAUGGCUCUCCUCUGUCGGACGCUAACACGUACAGGAUCCGAGGAUUCCUUGUACUCUUCGAAGGAGCUCUCAUUUCUGGAGGAAUCAUGAUCUCUUACUGGAUCAAUUACGGUUUCUGGUUCGUCACAAACCACGGAUCCUUCCAAUGGCGAUUCCCGAUCGCAUUCCAAUCCCUCUUCGGCAUCUGCCUUAUCAUCGGCGUCCUCCUCUACCCAGAAUCUCCACGUUGGCUCAUCAAGAAGGGCAAGUCUGACGCAGCCAUUGCCACCAUGGCUGUCCUAGAAGAGAAGAGCGAGGACGACCCGACCCUGCUGGCCGACAUUGAAGAGAUGAAGCGUAUCAACGCCAUCACGAUGGAGAAGCUCACCCCAAAGGAGCUCUUUUCCAAUGGCGAGGAGAUGAACCUUUGGCGUCUAACCGUUGCUUGUCUCUCGCAGGCAUUCCAGCAACUCGGUGGUCUAAACCUGGUUACCUAUUACGCCACGACCGUUUUUGAGGACUCGCUGCAAUUCGACGCAGAAUUGAGCCGAUUGAUGACCGGCUGUCUGGGAACAGAGUUCUUCAUCGCAGCGCUCGUCGCUCUGUUUGUUGUCGACCGCCUUGGACGGAGAAAACUCAUGCUUUGGGGUGCUGUCGGAAUGGGGACUUGCUUGUUGAUCAUUGGCGCUUGUCUUUCAAAAACCACGACUACAUACAAGGCGCCAGCGUACGCUGCGACGGUCUUCAUCUUCGUAAGUUCGCGCUCAGGCAACUUCUACUACAUUCCUCACUGACAUUACAUCUUACAGGUCUAUAACACCUGCUUCGCCAUCGGCUGGCUAGGCGUCACUUGGGUGAGUUCAAGAACACUCCACGCAAAGAAUGGAUGCUAACGCGAGGAUACAGCUAUACCCAGCCGAAGUAACCCCCAUCCGCAUCCGCGCCGAAGCGAACGGCUUUUCCACCUGCUCCAACUGGCUCAUCAACUACGGCGUCGUCCAACUCGCCCCCAUCAUGAUCAACAAGAUCUCCUGGAAAACCUAUUUCGUCUUCAUGUGUUUCAACUACAUGCACGUGCCCAUCGUGUUCUGGUUCUUCCCGGAGACCAACGGCUACAAACUCGAAGCGAUGGAUGCGAUCUUUGAACGGGCGCACGAGAGGGGCGAGAACCCGGUCUGGGCGGAGAGGAAGAUCAGAAAGGGGAAGGAAGGGUUGGAUCUGAGUGGGCAUGAGAAUGGACGGGAUGAGGAGGAGCCGGUGGGUGGGUUGAGGGGGAUGGAAGAGGAGAAGAAGGAGGUCAGGAAUGAUUUGAAUGGGGAUGAGGAGAAGGAGGAUAUUUCGGAUGGGCGAUGA